AAAAAUCUUUUUCAGUUAACGCCUAAUCGCUCCUCAAUUCCACACCUCGCUAUCUUUGACACAAUUCAUCAAAAGCGCCAAUGUCGAGCCUGUCGCGCCUAUCGGUCCCUGUGUCUCGCCUGGCAGCCGUCCGCACCUACGCCACAAAGCGCAAUGUCGCACCGCACCCCAACUCUGUGCCGCUGCAGAAGGCGAUCGCGAUCCUGAAGGCCUACGAGGUGGGCCAGCCCUCACAGACGGUGGAGCUGCACGUGCACUGCGCACCCGAGAAGGGCCAGCCGCCGAUCCGCGGCUCGUGCAUCCUGCCGCGUGCAUUCAAGAGCGACAUCUCCGUGCUUGUGUUUGCUGAGGGCGAGAAGGCAAAGGAGGCGAGGGAGGCCGGGGCCGAUUUUGUUGGUGGCGAGGAGCUGGUGAACAAGGUGCGGGACGGCGAGGUCAAGUUCGACAAGUGCCUUUCCACACCAGGCAUGCUGCCCAAGGUGGCCAAGAUCGCACGUCUGCUGGGUCCCAAGGGCCUGAUGCCAACGGUAAACAAGGGCACAGUGACAAGCGAGGUGGCCGAGGCCAUAAGGUUCUCAAAGAACUCGCAGGACUUCCGUGCCGACAAGAAGCACAUGGUCAAUACGGGCGUGGCCAAGAUCGGGUUCUCGGAAGAGGAGAUCAAGGCUAACAUUGCAACAAUCAUGGAGUCGAUCCGGGCCAACGCCAAGGGCAACAAGACCAAGUUCAUCAGCCGGGUGUAUCUGAGCUCGACUCGCGGUCCAGGCGUCCAGGUGGCGGAUGCCUAA